UUUACCUGACGACUGUACCUUUGUAAAUACCCGUUUACCGGUACAUAAACUAAUCGUUUGCCAAUACAAAGUUUAGUAUUUUUCAUCUUUCCUUACAAGUUGGUUUUAAUCAAAGCGAGUAUGUUUUGGAAGUGUACAGUUUUUAUUUGUGUUCUGUCGGUGUUGGUUAAUGGAGAUCCAAUCACCAUCAGUCCUACCAACUUUAUGUCCUCUACUCCUGCAACGCUUAACUUAGACAGUUUAAAGCAAAACAUGGCGGAGUUCAGAGAAUGCAUUGACAACAGCCUGGCAAAUGUAGCUGGAGAUGUGAAUGAAGUUCAUCUGCGACCACUCAUUGGUGCCAUUGGAGAUCAUAUAAAUCGAUUUUCUAGAGCAUAUGAUGAACUGCUCGGCGUUAAACAAGAAUGACUACGGUAAUACAUUACACGGAUGCCGAUGUAUCAUAAAACAUUUAACUUCUUUUACAAAAUGCGUUUUAUUUUUAUCUAUUUAAAGUGUUAAUUUAGUACUAAAAGCAAAACCCCACACCACGCCAAGAAUCAUCCUCUAGUUCAUGGAACUCAUAAAAGAGUUAUUUUAAAGCAUGUCUCACUGACGGCUGGGUCAUGGAAUA